AUGCUAUAUUCCGUCAAGUUUAAUGAGAAGGCCGAAAACUCAUUUAAACAAAAGUUGAAAGCAGUUACCACCUGUUAUGUUAUGGCUAUGCAACCCUGGUCCUUCUCCAUCUCAUUCGCUCCGGUUGCUUUGGGGAACGUUUUAUCCUGGCGCGAAAAGGCACAGUUCAGUUUCUCCACUUCUGUACUCUCAACCAUAGUCGUAUUGUGUGUCCAUGCAGCAAGCAAUGCAGUCUACUCGAAUCGAGAUAAACUUUGGAGGAGAUACAAAAAAUGGCCUCAAGACAGUCCUAAAGCCAUGGUUCGAAUUGGCGUUUUGUUUUAUAUAAUGGCUUGUAUUGCAAUGCUUGGGGUCAUGUGUAUUUCGCCUGCAAAAGUUGAACACCUCGCGAUGUUGUUCUUUGGGGGACUUUCCGCGUCCUUUCUGUACACAGGUGGUUGGAGCCAAAAAAGUCGCAGUGCACUUGGAGAUUUGCUUAUUAUCAUUUCAUUUGGACCAAUUGCAGUCCUUUUCUCAUAUGUUGCUCAGUGUGGAGAAUUCAAUUUAAAACCAGUUCUUUACGCUAUUCCCCUCGCAUUGAAUGCGGAAGCCAUUUUUCACAGUGAGAAUGUAAAAGAUUUGGAACAGGACGAAGGCCAAGGCAACGUCACAACGGCUACGAUUUUAGGUCAUCAAGUUCACAUGAAGAGUGAAGAAACAAUUCUGGAAAAGGCCGUCAAAGUGCUGAUCUAUUUUGUCUUAUCAUUUACCUAA